UCACCCAUGAAACAAUUCAUUUUCGAUUUGAUUUUUUAUUAAGGCAAAACAUUAUUUAUAAUGGUUUUGUUUGUUUUGUUUUUCUUCCAAGGGAAUCGUUGUGAUUUUCCACAAAUAAAACAUGGUAGUCUAUACUAUGAAAUUAUCUAUAAACGAGACUUUCCAGUACGUGUAGGAAAAAAAUAUUGGUAUUCCUGUAAGACCAAUUUUGUGACUGCUUCACAAGAGCCCUGGGAAUAUAUUCAUUGCACAAAAGAAGGAUGGUCACCAGCAGUACCAUGCCGCAGACAAUGUAUUUUCAAUCAUUUGAAAAAUGGAGAUAACCCAAAACGAGGAGUAAAAUACGUACAAGGUGAAUCUGUAAGAGUUAACUGCCAUGCUGGCUACAGUCUUCAAAAUGAGCAGACUGUGAUGACCUGUACAGAAAGUGGCUGGUUCCCUCCUCCCGAGUGCAUUCUUCUCAAAACAAACUUGAUAAGCCUAAGUUGACUAAGAAAAAAGAGAGAUCAAAUAAAUAACAUGAGAAAUGAAAUUGGAGACAUUCAACUGAUGCCACAGAAAUGCAGAUGUUCAUAAGAGACAACCAUAAACAUUUACACACCAACAAAUUGGAUAACCUAAAUAAAUUGAUAAAUCCCUGGAAAUAGAAAACUUACAAGACAAAAUCAUCAAGAAUAGAAAAUCUGAACAAACCAAACCAGUAACAAGGAACAAGAGUGAAUCAUUAAUUUAAAAUAUCUCUGCAGGGGCACCUGGGUGGCUC